UAUUUUCACUCUUUAUUCUAUCGUUUAUAACAUUACAUAACCUAUAGGCUUAGAAUUGAUAUUUUAUAAAUAAAUCUCGUAAAAAUGGGCAACAGCUGGGGAAAUAUACCUCGGACCGGGUUCGAUUUGUACUUCCAUCCUGAGGUGACCCCUGGGCCUCUCGAUGAGCCCACAUUCGAUCCUUCGUUGGGCUUUCCUGAGGGCCGAAAGAAGCGAGAGAUGGUAGCAACCGAGGAAGAAAUGCGAUCCGUCAAACUGCCACUCGAUCGGCGAGACUAUUGCGCCCACCAUUUAAUAAAAUAUGUGUCUUGCGUUAGAGACAAGUGGCCCUUCGCGGUAAUGUGCUCGCACGAAAAGCACGUCUAUCUCACAUGCGAAAACGAGGACUUCGUUCUGCGCACCAAAGAAUAUGAAAGGGAACGCCGGCUGAGAGUUAGAGCGCAGAAAAUCAAAGAACUUGAGUCCAAAGAUUUGCUUGCACAGGCGUAACGGAAAGAAGCGAUGUUUAUAUACGUAGCUGCCUUAGGUAUUUAAAUAAAAUUCCUAAAACUUCAGUAGGGUCAUAGAAAUGAAAGAUGGCGACAGCGAUUAAAUAAAUUUAUUGAAAUAUAAAGACAAAAA